ACAAUCUAGCUUCGACCAGUCAGCGGGUUGAGUCCUGAUGGUAACCCAUUGAAAUAGACAACAUCAGCAGAAGAUAAACUGUGGGAGAGCAAGAGGUAUCUGUUUUCUUCGUUUGUUAGUGGUUAUUGAUAUCACUCUGGAUUUAAGGGAGCCGUCUAACCGUGGAAUGUAGCGGCUUUUCUCCGGCUCCUCGCUGCUAACCUGUUAAGUUAUUAUGCUAACGUUAGGCCGCUGCGGUGCUAAACUAGCCAAGCCUGGCUGUUGUUUGCUGGAGGGAACCACUGUCUAUGGAGGGAACGAGGGCCGAAACGUGCUGAUGGGAAGAAAAUAAUUUCAAGGACAUUAACUUUUACUAUUAAGCCAGUGAAAUGAGUUCUUCAGAAGAGUUGAAACAGACGGACAGCGACAGGAGCCGACCUCAUCAGUGUCAGGAAUGUGAGAAAUGUUUCAGUCGGAUCUGCAGUCUGAGAAGACAUGAGCUCACUCACUCUGCAGAUAAACUGUUCCAUUGUGAACAAUGUGACCGCAGUUUCAGCCAACUAAAGAAAUACAAGCUCCACCUGCACAGCCACACUGAAGACAAAUCAUCUUGCUGUGAACAGUGUGGGAGGCACUUCAGCAACCAGAGUUCAUACAAGAAGCACCUGCGGGACCACACCGGCCCCUACCAGUGUGACCAGUGUGAAAAGACUUUCAGUUACUUCAGUAUCUACAAGAUCCACAUGCGUGUUCACACUAAAGAGAAGCCAUACUGCUGUGACCAGUGUCCCAAGAGCUUUAGUUUUUUAAGUUCGUACAAGCGACACCAGCUGAGCCACAGCGGAGAGAAGCCGUACCAGUGUGACUUCUGUGGAAAGAGUUUCACUCAGUCAGGCCAUUUUAGUCUGCAUCUGCGCAACCACACUGGAGAGAAACCGUAUGAGUGUGGCCAAUGUGAAAAGAGUUUCAGUGACUUAAGUAGUUACAAGAUCCACCUGCGUGUCCACUCAGGAGAGAAACCAUACCGCUGUAACCAGUGUGGAAGGAGCUUCUCUCAGUUGGGCAAUUACAAAUCACAUUUGCGUAUUCACACUGGGGAAAAACCAUUCCGCUGUGAACUCUGUGAGAAAAGCUUCUCCAUUUCAAAAACGUACAAACAGCAUGUGCGUACCCACACGGGAGAGAAACCGCACCAGUGUAAAGACUGUGGGAAAGGUUUUGGUCGCCUGAGUAACUACAUGCGUCACCUUCGUAUCCAUACUGGAGAGCAGCCAUUCAGCUGUGACCAAUGCGGGAAAUGUUUUAACAGUUCCUAUAGUUACAGCCGACACCUGCGUGUGCACACUGGAGAGAAACCUUACUGGUGUUCACAGUGUAAGAGACUGUUCACCCGGUCCCAGUCCUUAAAGAAACACCGCUGUGUUGCAAUAGAUGAAGAAGCACCACUGAGCUGCUCACCAACAGCAGCAACAAAUGACGACGACCAACAAUGAAUGCCACUAUAAGCAUGUGGUUGUUGUUACACGUUCUGUCCACUAGAGGGACUUCCAACAUCAGCCUGGCCUUGAAGGGGAUCUAGCUACGUCAUGGUGCAUUGCAUUUCUAGAACGCUGUUCUCUGUUUACAUUAUUUUUCACUACGCUCACAGCGACAAACACAAAUCAACAGAGAACUCUAUUAUGAAACAUUAUCUACCAAGUGUAUUGAAGCAGCUCUGUUGUAGAGGCUAACGGUGCUUGGUUAGCACGAUGACAUCGUGUUAGAAAGCACAGCCGAAACUAUUGUCAUUUGUUAUAGUGCUUUAAAAGCAACCUGUUUCUUGCAGAUUGUCACGUUACUGAGAAUACAGUAUUAGAAGGUAAUAAAUGAAGUCGAAGCUAACUCUGACAGCUGUAGGGCAGCUAACAUUAACUUUAACUGUCUCCAUGAAGCUCCCAGCUAAGCUCCUAUAACUUGCGACGCAGUUAAGAAACCAGAACGAGCUAGCUAACGAUAACAUAAGCAUUUUGGCUCGGUGGAUGUCGAUUUUAAAUUCAUGUUAAAACUAUUUCCCAUUCUUCUUCUGAUUUCCAGCCGCAGCCUGUCACUCCCCCCUGUACUAACGUUACAUGGUACGUAACGUUAGCUCACAAUGCCUUGUGUUUCACACUCCCAUAACUUAUUGUUUGUCAGAUGUGACAUGAGAAAAGGGAGAUUAGCUAACGUUAGCCAACCUAUUUAUUAAAAAAAAUCACAUUCGAAUAGUAAUUUCAGCAUUCCAAUAUUGAUUUUUUUUUACUAUUCAAAUUAUGUUCGACUUUCGGAAUUUGUUCCGACAGCCCUAGUGUGUGUUCAUGGUGAGGAAGCAACUCCUCAGCCCGUGCAACAGUGUGGCUUAUCUACACAUUUGUAAUAGUUGGAGCAGUGAAAAGUGGAGCUCUAUGGCACAGAGGAAGAAUACCUAUCAGGCUUUGGAUACGUACACAAUACUUGUUAGUAGAUACAGUGUUUCCUCUAUGUUGGUUUUACUGUGGCGUCCCGUAAAAUUUCUGCCGCCACGGUAUCAGAAAUAGGGCAGACGCACAACAGGGUUUCCCCUACGUACACCGCACACCGCCGCUCCUUCAGCUGUUUAUGAAAAAUCGUAAUUACACGACUCUGCAGAGCCGUCUGCUCUACUGAACUCAAGCGAACUGUCAUCCGCUCUCUUUCCCCUUUAGGGUGAGCAACUGGAACAGUGACAGGACGUCAUGAUUCGCAAAGUCAUGGCAACCAAAUAAACAACAGGGCGAGUACUACUUGUCACUCAAUCUUAGAAAAAGUGACAAACAGCGACGAAAGCCGCGACAUGAAAUCUGCGACGUGAAAUAUGAUCGCUACAGUUUAUUGGAAAAUAGCAUUGUGGACACUGAAUUUGAUGAAUUUACUGUUUAUCAGACCCCCAGAUGAGACAAGAAGCUAACGUUGGCGAACGCUGAAGUCCCUCUGCUUUUGACUCCCCCGCUGCAGGAGAGUUGUAUUCCUCCGACACUGUAUUAAUGUCACUGUUUUAUAACCGUUUUCCAGGUUAGUGGGGGUGCAUACCGGUCAAAACCAACAUGAAAAACGUAGCUAGUAAUGUUCACUCUGUGUUUUGUUUUGUUGUUAAACUGUGUGAAAUUAUGUUAAAUCACCGGUUUCAGGUAACGGCACCCUACAAUAUCGUCUAUUUGCUGGAUGGUUUCAAGGUAACGGCAGAUAAGCCCGUUGACAGCGACGUUAAUGUUCAUAUUUUGGCACAAUGUUUCUGACUGUAGUAGGCCUAGUUGUCAUAGUAACUGAAAGUGUGAUGUGAAAUGCUAAAAAGAAACUACACGCUGUUUUCAGGUAACAUUACUUUUUGACGUUCAACACCCCCCCUACCCACUCCCCACCCACCCCAGACAGCUAGCUUGCUAAUGUCAGUCACACAGCUCAUAAUACCAAUGUAUUGCAUACUUUAUUAAAGGAGACCUAUUCUGCUUUUCUGUA